CUCCUAUGCCUCUACCUCAGCAUCCAUUGACGCCUCUGCUUCCAUCUACAGCUAUACCUCUAAGCUCUACCUUGCCAAGGCCUACUGCCUCUUCUAAACGACCUGCUAGCAGACCUGCUACCCCCCCCUAUGCCUAGACUUCCACCUUUCCAAUUUAAUGCAGCUACUAGACCUGUUGCCCAGGCACCUAUUGCUAAGACAGUAGAAGAGGCACUAUCUAUUGCUAGAACAAUAGUUAUUCAAGCCUCCUCUCUUGCUACCUCUAGCAAAGAACAAUCCAACAUCCUAGACCUCUUAGAAAUCUUUAGAGACUACACAGAAAACAACAGACUAAACAAACAAGGCCUCUCUAUCCUAGCCUCUCAAGUCUCUAACCUAGAAGCAGUGUCUAAAACAAUUGAAACAAGAGUUAGACUCCUGCAAAAGCCAGUCUCUUCCACUGCUACUACUUCUUCUACCCAGCCUAGCUCUUCUACAACAACAAGAACACAGACUACCUCUCUACCUACUUCCUACGCCACUGUAGCUGCAAGCAACUCACCUAAGGAAACAGAGUGGCAAAAGCUAGUCCUUACACAAGAACAAGAACCUCUAGGUUUUGCUUCUCUUGAAAUACGCAACGCCUUUAACUUAGCCUUUGCUAAGAAAGGAGUAAAAUCACCUGUUAUUGCCUCUGCUACGCUAAGCCUAAGAAAGAAUAUUGUGCUCACUACUACACCUACCUUUACUGCAAAAUACCUACUUAAAAAUUAA